AGCAAAGUAAGAAAUUGUAGAUUCCAACAGUUACCUUGCGCAUCUUCAGAGAAAAGUUAUUUCAAAUAAUAAUUUUGUCUAAGUUAAAUACAUUUGCUUAAAUAAUCCAACAUGAUUGUAUUAAACUGGUUAAAAAUAUGCGCGUUCGUUCUGGUUAUAUCUAUAACUUUGCAACCAGGUACUGGUCUUCGAACCGUUUGCGGUCCGGCGUUGGAUGCCGUGCUCAGUACCCUAUGCGUUCAUGGCUUUAACACAAAAUUCAAGAAGUCUAUGGAAUGGGAUAAUCUUGGCAGUAAUGAGUUGGAGCCUGCGAUGCCCUUUCCCUUUGCAAAUUUCCCUUUCUUGGCUAAGAUUCAUGGCAACCAAGUUGACACAUUGGCCAAGACUCGUCGUCGCCGUGGCGGUGUGUACGAUGAAUGUUGCAGCAAGGCUUGCACCUACAAUGAGAUUUUGUCCUACUGCAAUCAAUACGAAGAUUAAAGUGACUAACAAUGGACAAAGAUAUACUCAUAUACGUAGAUAUUCAGAAAUGAAUUUUAAUUAGUGUGAUAGUUAGCUAGCCAAAAUUAAAAAAGAAAACUUUCGACUUGCAUUAAUAUUUUGUAUGUCAAAAAACUAAGUACCUACACCAUAUACAUAGAUAAACGAAAUAUAUCUGUUUGCUACACCA